AUGAAAUCAUACCCAGAAUGGAGCAAACUGCUGCCCGAACCAGGACCUAUAGACCCAUCCAUAUUGAUCGACCCUAAUUUGACUAUUAAAUUGGGGAAAGAAUUGCAAAAACGUAUAGGCACUCUGCCACGAGUGGAAGUACACGCGUUUCAUUUGGAAUUUCAACCAGGUGAAAUAGUGCGUAUGCUUCGAGUUCAACCUCAGUCCUAUUCGGAAAUCGCCCGGGCCAUUCGAGCAGCACGAACUAUGAAACUGACCGUACGAGCUUGUGGUCAACGGACAGGAGGAGAUACAAGCAUUUACGGGACCACGCCCACUGUUUUAGUGGACUGCACCCAAUUGGCAGAUAGUCCACGAAUGGAAUUUGUCAAUAUCCAUCGCAAAGGGGAACAGGAAGAAACGCCGGGAUUACGUGUUCUGUCCGGUGUCAGUAUAAACGAGUUGGUCACAUUUCAACUGAUUCACAAGAUUGAAAUUGCCCAAAGUGUGGAGACCACAUCGGUGUGGGGCACUGUGGUCGGGGCGAUCACCGCAACCACACCGGGACUGGUGGGUCCGGCUGGGGGUGCGACCGGUGGUUGUCUGUCGGACGAGGUGAUCUGCAUACGGAUUGUGGAUUGUCACGGAGAUCUCAUCACCUAUUCUAGCCCGACUGAACUAUCUUCCGCUUUGUCUACACUUGGCCUACUAGGAGUUGUGUACGACGUGACCUUGCGCUACAAACCAAUCACGCUGACUAAUGUCAACUAUAAAUUUAUCAGAUGGUCUGAAUUGUGCGAUCCAAACAGCCAACUUCUACGGGACUCACUCGCCAACGACAUGUUCACCGAACUGAUCUACCUUCCAUUCAACAGUUGCAAUGUUUCUGCAGAGAAAGAAUUGACUGAUCUGAACAAUUGGGAUCCAAUGAACGAUGAGGUGGUUGUGCGUACCGGUCAACGUGUUAUCCCACCGGACGAAGAUCCGUCCAAUCCCAGUGUAUCUGAUUCGAAACCGCGUGAACAAGUACAUCUUCUCGACCCGGUAUUCGGUCCCGAACCAAAGGCGUUUGUACGCACUCCGGAAAAAACUCCGUGGCUGUUAGCCAGUGCUCAUCAUUAUCUUCGCUGUCGGUUUCAGCCCAACCCAAAUUCGACUCAAUUCACCCCAUGGGCUGUAAAUGCUUUGGGAAAAAUCACGGAACCGUUGAGGCAGUUACGAUUCACCACGGAGUGUGAUCAACAACUGAAUGAGUUUCCUAACGUUGUAUCCCAAAUUCUAGAAUUGAUCAAAGAACUAGCAUUGGGCGGGUCGCAUAAAUUGCCCAAUUUUGCUGUCAAUUUGGGCAUGCGUAUUCACUUCACGGGGGGAACGCAAACUGGCCGCCUGCUGGGUGUCGGGUUCGAACCGGAGGCCGAAUCUUCGAUACUUGCACACAUUACAUUCAACGGAAUCACCAAUCCGGGACCGAACACAAUGUGGACCCAAGCAGCUACUCGAAUGACCGCGAUGAUUUUGAAACAGCUCCCACGUUGUGUGCCACAGUGGAAAACCGAAUGGCAUGGUCUCGAGCUCAUUACCCAACGCUAUCAUGAAGUUCUGUCAAAACAGGUGGAUCCGUUGAAACAGCUAGUGGCUAUAGCUGAUCGAGAUGGGGUAUUCCUGAACGAACUGGUCAAAAGCAUUCUGUACACCGAAUCGACAUUCUAUCAAAAUCUCUAUCGGAAACAACGAAUCGAUGCACUUUCCAGGCUGUGA